CGAAACAGUCUGAAAGAGUCAACAGAGCCGAAAUAAUAGUUUCUCGUACGUACGCGUAUAAAGCCGCGACUCGAUCAACACAAGUAAUGAUCGAAUAGUUUGGAAAAAAGAUAUUUGAGGAUUAAGUAUAGUGAAUUAACUGAUUCGGGAUGACACUGGCGUUAUCGAGAAUAGAUUACACGACGGUGGGAGUUACCUCACGUGGCACAACUGUGAUAUUCCCUUCUGGCGAAGCACCCAAGCAGCCGCAAAAAUUUGCCGUUGCGGAUCACGACGGCAUACUGCAAAUUUACGGCAUGAAAAAGGGAGAACUGCAAUUGACGUUUAAGUCCUUGCCCGGUGCAAAAAUCCACAGAAUGGUGCUUGGCGGCUCGAUAGGUAUGUUGAGGGAUAAGAUUUUCGUUGCAUACGGCAGCUCCGUAAAGGGAUUCACGAGAAAGGGCAAGAUGUUCUUAGAGUUCGAUACCAGCCUUAUAGAUCCGAUUUCCGCCCUGUACGUCCUCGGUCCGGACCUCGCAGCGUGCGCGCGUGAUCUCUAUCACAGAUACAGGGACUGCAAAGAUGCCGACUCGUAUCUGGCCGGCGAAACGUUGCACGACGUCGUACUCUUGCCCGAAGACGGUGGUGUGGUGUACGCCGUUCUCGCUUGUGCGGACUGCGCAGUGCGAGUUUUGCAUGGUACGAGAACUCCGACUGUCUUGAGAUUACCGAGCGCUCCCACGGUGCUCUCUGUAUAUAGAGAGGGCGAGAUAUACUCGAAGGAUCGGGUGUUGGUCGGUACCGCGGAUGGUAGAAUCGGGCUGCUGAUUUUACAAGGCAAUAAAACUCUGCGAAUUACCUGGCUGCUGACUUCAACGGGUUCAGGAAUCACCUCGUUGGACACUCAUCAGUUACAAGAUGGCAUGGACAUCCUUGUGGGUCGGCAAGACGGGGUCGUCGAGGUGUACACGUUCCCUGAUGAAGAUAUAACGGCCACUCUGCGCUAUCAUUACAAUGCUGGCGAAAGUAUUAGCACGGUCGUGGGUGGGAUAAUUGGCGUCGCCAAUUAUUCAGAGGUCCUCGUUACGACGUACUCGGGUCGAGUGUUCGGAUUGACCACUAGUCCUCCUGGUUUAUUAGAGGCAGGCCAGAGCGACGUCGGAAUAGCUAGGCUGAAACUGGAAAUAGAACAAUUGCAGGAAAAACUCAGCGAAGAAAAGGAAUCGUCGAAUCUUACGCCGGAUCCUCUGGCGCCCUUGAUACUAGCGGUGAAUCAUAAGAUGACGCUGCACAAGGAGGAUGCUUCGUACUCCCUGUCUGUCGAAUUGGACACGUCGAUCGAUAAUAUUCUGAUACAAUCGGACACACCUGUCGAUUUGUUGGAGACGGAAAAUAAUAACGCAGUGGUCAGCUUAUCCUCUUGCGAUCCCAGAGAGGGCAACUUCGUCCUCGCUACUUACCGAUGCCAAAUUAACACGAAUCGUCUGGAAAUGCGGCUCAGAUCGAUCGAAGGCCAGCCAGGUACUUUGCAGAUCUACGUAACGUCUCAGGUACAGCCAAAACGUUGCCGUAAAAUUUUCGUACCCAUUUACGCCCUGUCUUUGCACGUUAGGCAACACGGAGACGACGACGCUCUACAUUCCAGUGGGCCCUUCAACGAAUUAAAAUUCAACGGCAAUUUCACGAUUGCCGAGAUGCAUGCGUGGCUUUCUCUAGUUUUACCAGACGUGCCCGAAAGACCUCACAUUCACGACGGCGUGGCUGUUUUAGUGUACGUCUCGUCUUUUAUUGGAACGGUCCUCAAGUGCAAAUAUAAGAAAGGUAGUGCGCUGUUCCAGGGUGAAAAUAUAUCCAGCAUCAUAAUCCUCAGAGACAUAUUAACCAAGGAAGCGACGAAACGAAAAAUCAAAUUAGACGUUUUCUGCGAAGUAGCGGAGGGGAGCAUAUCUAAAGUUCUGGGACUGAUUCUCCCGCGAUUGGACACGGCCUACGAUUUAACCCAGAAGAUAAAAAUCCUGGACGCGUUGGAGGAGUGGGAGCUCAAGUCCGAUCCGAAGGAGAAUCUAUGUUCCGAGUAUCAAGAAUUGCUGCAAAAAGAAACGGAGGUCAGAUCAGCUAUGUCGAAGGACACCGAGAUUCUCAGCAGAUUGCACGCGAUCAUUACCGAUUUGUACGUCGACUGGGAACGAGCGAAGCGAUCUCGAAGAAUCAGUAGCAAGGAGGCAACGACGAGGCUCAAGGAUGCCCUCGAAUCCAGAGACUUGGCCACCAUCCUGCAAGUUUUCACUGGCAAAACCGACACAAUCGUGUCAACUCUGUUACCUCUGCUACCUGCGGCUAUCUAGAAGCGCUCGAAAGAUCGCAAAGAAAGUGGACCAAUGUAUGUCUAUGAACACGUUGAAGUAAAAAAUAUAUUUUUUAACGGCAAUUCACAAUAUAUAAACUACGAAAGUGUCUACAAUUAAAAAUGUACAAUCG